AUGACAAGUCUAUCUGGCAACAAGAUUGAUAUCGAGAACUGCUUGUCUCCGCAGGAUCUAGUGACAUAUCUUUCGGAAUUGUCACAGAGCCCAGAUAAACUGAAGCGCUUUUGUACCUUCAGCGCCAGUAUAUACGACUGUGCUUGGCUAUCGAUGAUCAAUCGCCGCGAAAAUGAGCAGAUUUUGUGGCUGUUUCCGCAAUGUUUCGACUACGUGUUAUCUCAACAACUCAAAGAUGGUGCUUGGCCAUCUCCUGCGUCUACUGUAGACGGCAUUCUUAAUACUUCGGCCGCGCUGCUUUGUCUCCUUGAUCGUCGCCGGUUGACUCAGGAUAGUCGUCUCUCUAGCAGAAUCAAUGCUGCCGCGAGCAGCCUGCAGCGACUCCUAGAAGCCUGGGAUCUGGACGGGACUGAUCAGGUAGGGUUUGAGGUGAUUGUUCCCGGUCUACUUCGCCAGAUUUCCCACUUUGGCAUCACCUUUAAAUUCAGUUGUCAGUGUCGACUCGAAGCAUUACGCGCUGCAAAACUGGAGAAACUGCGGCCUGAUAUGCUUUAUUCUGGGUACCAGGCAACAAUACUCCAUUCAGCAGAGGCUCUCAUCGAAACCAUUGACAUGGAUCGGAUAACCCAGCACUGCACUGAAGACACAGGAAUUCUAGGAUCACCGGCUGCAACUUCAGCAUACCUCAAACAUGCUUCGGGAUGGGAUGGCCGUGCCGAGUCAUAUCUUCGAAAACUACUUGCGUCUGCCGACCGUGAACAAGGUGGAAUUCCCAGUGGGUUUCCGACCACUAUUUUCGAGCUGUCGUGGGCUCUCUCAACUCUAUUUCUGGCAGUCGGGCCGCCAACACCUUCCGACAUUGUACUCCUUUCACCGGUCAAGGAAUACUUGCAUGAGACUUUGGCGAAGAACGGGGUGGCUGGAUUCGCUCCGGGUAUCUUGGCCGAUGCCGACGACACAGCGAGAGUGUUAUUGACCCUGGAGCUGCUGGGUACUGAGGUCGACUUCUACCCCCUUAUGAAGCAUUUUAGGAAUGGCUCAUUUUUCAAAACCUACGAGCAUGAACGGAAUCCAAGUUUCAGUGCAAACUGCAACGUAUUACUUGCACUGGUUGAAUCCAGUCACGCACUGCAGCAUAUUGAUACCAUCGAAGAGGUAGCUGCGUACCUGUUAGAGUGCUGGAAAGCAGGAAGCAUCAAAGACAAAUGGAACUCGUCCCCUCGUUACUCUAAUAUGCUACUUGUACUAGCGCUUACUCGGCUCUUUCUCCGGUAUGACAAGGGAGACUUCCACGGGCCAUUGCAAGUCUCGUUGUCGAGGGAUAUCAUCAUAUGCCUGUCUCAGAUCCUCUCACGAACGUUGAUUGAACAGCACCCGGACGGGUCCUGGGACUCGUCUUUAGAGGUGACUGCCUACUCUGUGCUUACAAUCUCUCGGAUGAUGCUUUUGCCCUACGUCGAUAAGCUGAAAAUUGACCACAUUGCCCCAGCGCUGCGGCGAGGCUGCGGAUAUCUGAUAGAUCAUCAGCACGAUCCCGUCCAACCACGACGCGAAGAUUAUGUGUGGAUUGAGAAAGUAUCGUAUGUGUCUUCCUUCCUCCGCAAGGUGUACACCGUUGCAGCCAUCCAUGCAUCUCGCAAGCAAUCUCCCUGCUCGGAAAGACUCGUCUCAUUAUUCCAACCCUUGCCUACAACGCACGAACUUAAGGUCCUUCUGCUGGCCACUCCUCUCUGUAAAGAGUCCCCAGUGCCUUUUAUGGACCUUGCACUGUUGGAAGCGCAUUAUUGGUCUCAGCUGUUGCGCGAAAAAAGUUCCAUGAUCUUUAAGAGCCCAAUAUCAUCUGAUGGUCAAAAACUAUUCCACCUGAUUCCUCUCAUCUUCACGUCCUGUAAUCAGCGCGCCGGGCUUGUUCUUUCCACAAACACGCUCUGGAACAUGAUCCAUUUCUCGCUGCUCGUUUACCAGGUGGAUGCAUUGAUGGAAUCUACUGCCAUACGUAUGUCCGACGCGGAACUUGAUGAGGUCCUAUUACGUUUGGAUCGCAGUUGCAGUCUCGCACGCACCGCUUUCCAGCUACCCCAGCGAGUCUCGAAUGGCUCAAGCGCCCAAACAGCAGGUGUGCAACCGGACGAUCUCAAGACUAUACCUUUGAACAAAAGCCGAGUCGAGAAUCUCAUGCAUCUGCUACUUCCAUUCAUCAACCACGUCCUUGGCCACCCGCAAGUCCUGCAAGCUCCCGUUGAAAUUCAGAGAGAGCUCGCCGACGAGCUGUACCGCUUUCUCUUAGCUCAUGUCGAACAUAUUCGGGCAAACCUAACGCGAACAAGGAUAAAUACACUGGCCGCCAACAGUGGCCACCAGCCCCGCCAACUCACAUAUUACCGCUGGGUUCAUUCCAUCGGGUCAGCGGACACCAGCUGUCCCCUCGCAGCAGUUUUCUUCUUGUGCCUAAUCAGCAAGCACGGGAGCUUUUGCUUCCAGCACCCGAAGGCACAGUACCUUAGUCGAACCGUGGCUCACCAUUUAUCUGUGAUCUGUAGACAGUAUAACGACUACGGCUCGGCUGUUCGCGAUCACGAAGAAGGGAAUCUCAACAGUCUUGAUUUUCUCGAUUUUCAACAAGAGGCACAGGCAAAUGGUGCAGUAUCUGAGCUCAGGACGUCAAACAGUGUUUGCCCUUCCGUCUCAGAUACGCAGCUGUUCCCACGAGCUGCAUGCACGUCGCAGAGUGCAAAAGAUAGCCUUAUGGAAGUCGCUGAGUUUGAGCGGAGCUGUAUGGAGCUAGCCCUGCAGCGACUGGAAGAUGCCGCAUGUACACUUGACGCGCUCAAGCAAUUUAGGGUGUUUGUCGAUGUCACAGAUCUGUUUGGGCAUGUUUAUAUCUUGAAGGACUUGACAGCGAAUGCUAUUGCUGAGGAUCUUUUUCCCAGCCGAAAUGCCAGCGAGCAAUCUACCCAAAUAGACAUUCAUCUGGAACACGCCAAAUUAGCCCUCGUCUUCAGGUCAGUACCCCCUCACCCCAAAAAGUCCAUAUUCCUGCUACUCCAGACCUCAACCACUAGCACCGUCGCCAGCUUUGCAACAACUUUCCUUAUUAGGUUGGAGUCAGCUAAAAGAAGCUCUUAUGCAUUCAAUCCUGAAGCUAGCACUUUGGAUAUAGUGUACAGAACCAAGAAGUACCAAGAGAAAUUCAGCUGGAAUCGAGGCUUGAUUAUUCCAAAGGAUCUUGCAUCAAUUUCAUCCAAGUCAGCUGAACCCUGGCAGCCACCCUCAUAG